AUGGACUCGGGAGACUCUGCGAACUCUCGAGGUCCCAGACAUCGACCCUUCCCCAGCAUUACCUUGGGACCCCGGCAUCUUAACCCCCCCCCCUCCAAAAAAAUGCCCAUCGUCUCUGCAGCCCGGAGAGGCAUGAAGGACUUCAAGUCCCAGGAGGCCUUGCAGCGCCGGGUCUAUGAAGCCAAAGCAGCGCGAGCGCGAACGCUGCCGGGAGUUGUAGUCUCUAAGCGCUCCACGGGAGCUGGGGCCCCGGAGGUGGGAGGGGGUGGCUGGACACCCCCAGGGUCGCCGGGGGUCGGACAUUUGGCCUGGGUAGGGCAAGCUGUGAGGCUCAAACUGAGCUUUUUCUCCUGGCCACGGCCCUCAGAUCCGACAGCCCCUCUCACUGCCCGGCGUGUGGGGACGGGUCCUCAAGCCCCUUGCCUGCCCUGCAACCCCCAUGGGCUGCCGCCCGCCGCCGCGUCCGCUGCCACCCAGGACGAGGCAGGGAUAAGCGCAGACAUCUCCGUGAGCCUGCUGUCGGUCAUCGUGACGUUCUGCGGCAUUGUCCUUCUGGGCGUCUCCCUCUUCGUGUCCUGGAAGUUGUGCUGGGUGCCCUGGCGGGACAAGGGAGGCUCGGCUGUGGGCGGCGGCCCCCUGCGCAAAGACCUAGGCCCUGGGGUCGGGCUGGCGGGCCUGGUAGGCGGUGGUGGACACCACUUAGGGGCUGGCCUAGGGGGUCACCCUCUGCUGGGAGGCCCACAUCACCAUGCCCACACCGCCCACCAUCCGCCCUUUGCCGAGCUGCUGGAGCCAGGCGGCCUGGGAGGUUCUGACCCCCCUGAACCCUCCUACUUGGACAUGGACUCAUAUCCAGAGGCUGCAGCGGCCGCGGUGGCUGCUGGGGUCAAACCGAGCCAGACAUCCCCUGAGCUGCCCACUGAAGGCGGGGCCGGCUCUGGGCUGCUCCUGUUGCCCCCCAGUGGUGGAGGCUUGCCCAGUGCCCAGUCACAUCAGCAGGUCACAAGCCUGGCACCCACCACCAGGUACCCGGCUCUGCCCCGGCCCCUCACCCAGCAGACCCUGACUCCGCAGCCGGACCCCGGCAGUGAGGAGCGCCCGCCCGCCCUUCCCUUACCCCUCCCCGGCGGCGAGGAGAAGGCCAAGCUCAUCGGCCAGAUCAAGCCCGAGCUGUACCAGGGCGUGCACAGGAAGACCCUGAACCCCGUGUUCAACGAGACGUUCCAGUUCGCGGUGCCGCUGGCCGAGCUGGCGCAGCGCAAGCUUCACUUCAGCGUCUAUGACUUCGACCGCUUUUCGCGGCACGACCUCAUCGGCCAGGUGGUGCUGGACAACCUCCUGGAGCUGGCCGAGCAGCCCCCGGACCGGCCGCUCUGGAGGGACAUCGUGGAGGGCGGCUCGGAGAAGGCAGAUCUGGGGGAGCUCAACUUCUCGCUCUGCUACCUCCCCACGGCCGGGCGCCUGACGGUGACCAUCAUCAAAGCCUCUAACCUCAAAGCGAUGGACCUCACGGGCUUCUCAGACCCCUACGUGAAAGCCUCUCUGAUCAGCGAGGGGCGGCGUCUGAAGAAGCGGAAAACUUCCAUCAAGAAGAACACGCUGAACCCCACGUACAACGAGGCGCUCGUGUUCGACGUGGCCCCCGAGAGCGUGGAGAACGUGGGGCUCAGCAUCGCCGUGGUGGACUAUGACUGCAUCGGCCACAAUGAGGUCAUCGGCGUGUGCCGCGUGGGACCCGACGCCGCGGACCCCCACGGCCGCGAGCACUGGGCCGAGAUGCUGGCCAACCCCCGCAAGCCCGUAGAACACUGGCAUCAGCUGGUGGAGGAGAAGACUUUGACCAGCUUCACAAAAGGCAACAGAGGACUAUCGGAGAAAGAGAACUCGGAGUGA